AUGUCCUUCACAGACGUCCGCAACAUACAUGUCAAAGGAAGUAUAACAUUUCUCACGUGUGGUGUUGACGGGACCGUCUAUGUUUGGGACGAAAAGACCGUAGUUCAAAGAGAAGUUCCUGAAAUUAAAACUGUUGGGGAUGCAACACAUAGUUGCUGUGCAUGGAACGGCAAGAACGUAUUUGUCGGUCUAACAACAACGGACCUGCUGACUGGUGUUGAUAAGAAGAUUGUUGGACAAUGCUCUCUCGAUGAUCUUGAGACCGAUUUCACAGUGAAAAAGGUCUGUUUGAAGGACUAUGCUUCGUACGACAGACUCGACAUGAAUGCUGAAGUCCUUUCAGUUGCGAUCGAUCCUAAGGAAGAAGUGUACGCUGUGGCCUGCUGUGACGGAUCAGUCAGCAUUUUUAACAUUGCAAGCAAUGAGAAGCUGCGGUCUUUGGACAACAUGUUCGCGCAAUUUGGAGAUGUUGGAUCCGUUUUAUCUCAGUUUGUGUACGACAAGAGAAGCAAAAACGCGAUCAUAUCGUGCACAAAAUUUUGUCCUUUCAACGAGAACGACAUUAUUCUUGUAGAUAUAGAGGAGGGAAUGUGUUUACUUAAAAAUGUUAUUCCUUCCACUACUCGAGAAAGUGCUCCUAUAAAUGAAACCACAGAUCGAAAAGAAAUCGACGGUGUUGAUGAAGAUGAGGAGAGCAAUGAGGAAGGUGCCGAAAAUUCUCAUGCAGGGAGCUUCCUUGACAAUGAAGCUGAAGACGACGGCGAUACAAAAAUGUCUGUGGAUAUUGGAGCCAUAAAGAGGAAGUAUGGCUUUGGUGAUGAUGGAUCGGGCAACCUUGAAGAUUAUGGGUUCACCCGUUUGGAUGAACCUCCUAGUGGAAGGCUUCCUUCGGCUGGUCAUGAUUUCCACAAUAUAGCUCCGUCUGUUCCACCUCCUCAGAUUGUAUCUUAUCAACCUCCAGCGAUUCCCUCUUUUUUCGUUUCCGGCUCCUCACCUGACCACCUAACUCAGCGCUAUUUGAAAUGGAAUGGUUAUGGUAUCGUGCGUACUUAUUCUGGAGAGGAAGGAAGUAGCAUCGAGAUCACUUUUCACGACGCUACUAUCCAUCCUACUAUCGUCCUUGAUAACGGGACUACUGGAUAUGUGCUGGCUGAUCUUUCCGAUCAAGCCGUUGCAUUGGCAAGCAAGGCUGAAGAAAAGGGCGAGCAAAGUGAGUUACUAGUGAUUCAUAUUUCUUCAUGGGACAGCGAAUCCAGGAGAUGGAGCACUAAGCUUCCUCCAAAGGAGUGCGCAUUGGACGUACUGGUAUCGCGAGAAGUGAUCUGUGUUGUUACUACAUUGCGACACCUACGAGUUUUUACGUUGACGGGUACACAGCGCCAUGUUAUCGUACACCCGAGCCCAAUUUUGACGGCGGCUUGCUUUGGCACUCGAAUUGCGAUCUGUUCGGUAUCAGGAGGAGAUUACUACGAAAAGGAAAAGAAGAAUCAACACCCGAGUUACCAACACACUGUUUCUAUCUACGACGUGGAUAGUAAACAGUGGCAUCGAAGCUCUGGUUCCGGAGUCAAUCAUGUAGAUUUACCCGUUGCCAGAAAGCAGCAUCUUCGUUGGCUGGCAUUUUCGAAUCAUGGUCAACUCGUGUCUAUGGAUAGUUCAUUUACGGUAUCUCUUCUGACACCGUCUGGUUUCUGGAUUCCCAUUUUCAAUGGAAACUCGGAAACAAUGAACAAGUCGGACGCUAUUUGGCCUAUCGCGGUUGUUGAUGGGCGGCAGCGCCAGAUUAGAUAUCUUCACUGCAAAGGAAGCAACUAUCCCUUAAUCGCGGUGAAAAUGGCACCACUUAUAGCUCCUUGGGCACUUCCAUACUGCGCCCCGGAAUCUGACAAGUCAAAGCUGGAGCAAGAACUAUUUUUCAAUGAACUCCAGCAGAGCGAGGCUCGCACCACAUCUGCUUCUUCUGAUCUCGUGGAGUUGGCUUCAAGUCAUCUUCAAUCGCUCAUAAAGCUCUUUGCCCUGGCAUGCAAAAGCGAAAGAGAUGGUCGAGCUGCCGAGUUGGCUGGACUCGUGACUUCUGCAAAAGGCAUUCAGCUGAUGUGCAACUAUGCUGCAAAACUCAAGAAGUUUACACUCGCCGAGAAGAUUUUUAUGGAAGAAAACAGCGCGACAACAGCGAUGGCAUCAAUGAAGCCUGACAUAGAUGACUAUGAGGAUGGCCACGCGGAUUUUCAACAGCCGAGUUGCACUCAGCAAACUGACGACACACUCUUGGACAGAACGCUCAUCCCCGCACGAAAAAUAUCGCGCAAUCCCUUCAAGAGAUCACCGACUUCUUCUUUGGACACUUCUUCUGUCUUCGAUUCCGACUUCUCCCUAUCGAGUAAUAGAAAACGGAUGAAGGAAGAAGAGCCUCCGAAACCAUCGACGUCGACGUCAAAGCAAAAAAAGCUAUCAAUUGGAGCAUUCAUGAAGGACAAAGAGAAUGCGCGAACAGCGUAUACACUUUGGAUGGAGAGCAAUGAGGAAACCUUACGGGAUUCCUUAAGAAGUGAAGAAGUGUACGCCAAGGCUUACGAGGCGUUGUCCUAG